GUGUGUCAUCGAAGGCAACUGCAUUAAAGGCAGGACAAUUUUACUCAAUGUUAUAUAAACAACUCGUUUUUUUUUUCUAGUUUUUUUUGUUAAUAAAUAUCUCUGUUUAGUCUUUGGAAAAGCAGUUCAUGCUCUGUCGAGAAUUGGUGAUGAAAUAUGGUUGGAUCCACUGGAGAAAGGGCAAUAUACUCCUGAUCCAGAAACUCAGAAAGACUCCGAAGCUGUAAAAUGCAAAUUAAACAUGAAGGUACUGAACAUUCGGGACCACAAUGUUCUUGCAGGAGUCUUGCAGAAUUUGGACGGUGACGUUACACAAAUUAAAGCUUUAAAAAGGUGUUAAAAACAUGGCCAAGAUAUAGCAUUAAAUGUUGCAUGCGCUGCCAAAAAUGAUGGGUUUUUUUGCUAACUUUAAGGUAGACUAGAAUGUAGUACUCUAAUUAUUUUUGUAGUAUAUACCAUGUAUAUUCUGAAUAUGAGAACAAGUAUUUGAUGCACAUAUGUAAUUGUAAUAGGCUCCAGUCUCCAGUGCAUUUAGACUUACUGUAUACCAGAGCUCCUUUAAACUACAUUAAUGGUCCUACAUUAAUUAGAUAUUGUUUGUUUGUUAUCAGGCUGAUGCUGCACCCGAAUGAGUUUGACUCUUUUAGCAUGCACUGCCAAAAAUGAUGUUAUUUCUCAAUGUUUCGUCCGGGUUUCCAAUACAAAUAUCCAAACAAGAUGCAUUUAAUUUAUGUGCAAAGUUAAUAUAUAAAGUCUUGUUUUCUGAGAAAUUUAACAAAAUGACGUAAGUUUAUACAACAUGGCAUGUAAACUAAGUUGCUUUAAUUAAUUCGAUUUUCCGUUAGCAGGUACGUCUUUGGUAUAUAAUAACUGGAAAUCAAGAUUUAUGAUUAAUUCUGAACCAGGAAUAAUAAUACCCAGUGCCUUAACUCAUAUCCGUCAGUAUUAUCCAUUCAUAGCACAGCAUCUGCUAAUCAUCCAAUGCUUUUUUAAUAAUUUUCAGUGUGUGCUUCCCCUGUUCCGCUGUGCGUCAGGGAGAGAGCGCAGUGUGGACAAAUGUGAGAUAUCCAUCAACAUCCCAAACAGCAGGGUGAUAUUUCGGUUCCACUGCAGACACGGAAUAACAAAGACCUAUAACUUGGGGUAUCAGGAAUGUGAAGCUUUGCAAGCCGUGUUUCCAGCUCACCUCUGUCCAAAUGCCCUAAUGGCCCAGUCCAAACUUUUAGGUGACGUUGUGAUGCAUUUCCCAGCUUCACAAGAAGAGGUCACUCUUUCCAUUUCCUCUUUUAAAGUAACCUUAAGGACCUUUUGUGAGGAAGAAAAUAGCUGUAUCAAAGGCAUGAACACCGAGCUGAUGCUGCACCCGGAUGAGUUUGACUCUUUUCAGGUUGGAGAGGAUUCAGCCGUGACCUUCUGCCUCAAAGAACUGAGGGGGCUGCUAUCCUUUGCCGAGUCUUAUGGUCUACCAGUGUCUAGCCAGUUUGGUGUGGCUGGACAGCCUAUAUCCUUCACUAUAAAAGACAUGACACUGGAGGCCCAUGUUGUAUUGUCCACCUUAACGGAACCAAACCAUGAGAGCCCAUCUCCAUCUUCACCUAGGGAUGACUGUCCUGUCGAUGUCCCCAAGACCUCCACAGCAGAAGUCUCCGCAUGUGUAGGCCCUAUGGAAACAGAGGUGUGUGUAGCUGAUGGGGAACAGGUGGCUUCCAGCCAGGGCAGUGAGGUUUUUAAUCCAACCCUUCAUAUGAGGAAGAUGAUUCAGCUUCAGACACCUGGAGAGAUCCUGCUGAAGCCCAGACUGGCGUCUGAAUCAGCCUUAACUACACCAGUGACACCAGCCACGUUUAUGAUCCGCUCCCUGCUUUUCGGAGCUGUAUACACUGAUGUUGUGGACAGUAAAACAGCUGAUUUACGCAGCCUGGCCUGUGCCAGUGACACAGAGGAGGACGGAGGAACAGAGGAGUGACUUGGUUAACAACGUAAGCUAACGUGAUACAGGUAACACCUACUGAAAGAAUGCAUGGACUACUGCAUGAUGAAGCCUACAGUAACUCAGUAGAUUAUAAAGGCAAUCCACGGUGUGUUAACACAGUUCUGCUGUUUAUUUUAAGGCUAAUAUGUUUUCAGCUUUUUUUUUUAUAUAUAUUGCUGUCAAGGCUAUCGCUAGGUCUUGUUAGGGCACAUCUUGUAUUACUUUACUAAUGUAAAAAAGGUUUAAAUUAGCUGCUUGCUUCUGUUUCUGUUCUUACACAAAUAUCUUUUGUAAUGUAAAAACGUUUUUCAUGAGUUAAAACUGUUCUUGAAGAGGUGAAAGGAAAACUUUAGGAGGGUAGUAAAGCAGGGCAAGUGGGGCACAAUCACUUUCUGUUUCAAAGCUGAGGAAUGUCUACCUAAACACACAGUUCAGAUGAGUUCGGUCACCGUGGAGAAGAUAAAUCAAAACUUCAAAACAAACACAUUCUCGAGGUUUGAAGGACUCCAUGUUCUGUGUCCACCGAUGAGUCAGAGGAAGCUUUGACUCACUGCUAUAAAAUGCUGCUCGAGAAACGAUCGUUAUAUAAGACUGCAGCAUUAACUGCUAUCGUACACAUACCUCGCCACAUUUGUCCAGAAAAAGCCUUGCGCUUUGUGUGACUGUUGACUGAAAAAAUGUCAGUUAGCAGCUUGACAAAUCAGAUCAUGUCAGAGUUCAGCUGGACAGCCGUGCAAAACAGAAUAACUUCAUUUAGCUCACAUUUUAAAGGCAUUUUGUCAUUUCAGCUCGUAAUGUGAUGGUUCAAUCUAUCUCUAUUGCAUUAGUUCAUGCUCAUGUCUGGGGUCACAACCAUUGCUGGUUUUGUUGAUUGCUAAGAAACAAAGUUCAUCUCCAGCCAUUUACUGGUGGUGGUAAUGUGCGCGGUAUAUCAGGCUUUCAUGCCCUUUGUAACAAUUUACACCAUAAAACCGCAUGCUGUUGAAGUUACACUAUAAAAUGUAUACGCCAUUCUAACUUUUCUGCUCUUCAGAUGGACACAUUCUACCAGUGGUCCACAUAUAGAUGAAUAUUUGCUGAAAAUAUACUCAUCCUAAGGCUACUCAAGAUGUAAAUAAGUUUGCUUCUUCAUCAGAUUUGGAGAAAUGUAGCAUUGCAUCAAUUGCUCACUAAUGGAUCCUCUGCAGUGAAUGGGUGCCGCCAUAAAAACAUCACAAUAAUCCACACCACUCCAGUCCAUUAAUCAACACGUUGAGAAGUGAGAAGCUGCAUGUUUAUAAGAAUAUAAGAACACUCCUUAGCCUCAUUUUCCAACUCCUCCAGAGUUAAAAAGUUGAGUUUUAUAGUUUUUUAAUCUAUUCAGUUGAUAUCUGGGUCUGGCGAUAGCAUUUUUAGCAUAGAUCAUUGAAUCUGAUUAGACCAGAAGCAUCUCGUUUAAAAAGAGUUUUUUUUCAAAACAGGACUCUUCUGUAGUUGCAUUGUGUACUAAGGCCAGUGGAAAAUGAAAACUUGUGAUUUUCUAGGCUGAUAUGACUAGGAACUAUACUCUCAUUACAGCGUAAUAAUCAAGUAACUUUGUUGUCAUACCAUGGCCUUCAGCAGUUGGUAACUGAUGGACUGGAGUGGUGUGGAUUACUUGUGAAUUGUUGUGAUGUUUUUAUCAGCUGUAUGGACUCUCAUUCCGACGGCACACAUUUACUGCUGAGGAUGUACUGGUGAGCAAGAGAUGUAAUGCUACAUUUCUCUAAAUGUGUUCCCAUGAAGAAACAAACUCAAACAACGUCUUGGAUGGCCUGAAAGUGAGUCUGUCUUCAGCAAAUUUUCAGUUUAGGGUGAUCUAUAUGUUUAACAAAUUUGAAAUCACUAUAGAACUAGAUCAAGAGAAAAGAGGCGGCUACUUUUCUUCAGGUGGCCUGGAAGAUUCAUCCGAUGGGGUAAUCCACUUAAUUCAUCAGGGUGCAAAUGGCUUGUGUGAUUAGAAUAGCUACUGGUGUCUGUGUGGGUUGUAGACAUCACUGUCCUGCGUGUGACAUGCUGAUGCUAUACUUCAAACAAAAACUGUUAGCUUCAUUAUUAUACAUGCCUCUUGUGAAAUUCAUAUUGAGAUUACAUGCAACAUUUUACUCUUUUAAAAAUACAUUUGUCACACAGCAGGGGCGUCAUUUAUAAAGCAUUCAUACACUCAGAUUUGAUCCUAGAGUGUGUGUACACUUAAAUCAUAUUUGUAAAAACUGGCUUUGAUAUGGAAAAGUGCUUAGAUUCACGUCUGUGUCUGAGCAGAUGUAUGCACUUUUUCUAGUUGAAGUAGGCCUACUGCAGAUUUUCGAAAGUGUAAACUGUUUUUGCAGCUUUCUGUUCUAAAGUGAAGAAUUUGGAGGAUGAUAGUUUUUUUUAUGUUUUAAUUUGUUUUAAGUCAUUUACAAGGCAGAGGGCUAAAGCGAUUAAUAUGUGGGAAAGUUCAAAAUAAUUUGCAAUUCAGAUUUUUGACAUCUAAAAAAAUGUCUACAUUCAUUCUAUGAAAAAUAACUUUUAGGCUUGAACUCUUCAUUUACUGAUUGUUUUCUUAAACACAGAAACAACUAAACUAGUUUUUCUAAUCUUUUUGUAUUCUAUCCAUUCUUUUUAUUUAUUAUACAAUUAACAAAAACAAAAAAAGGCCUCUUACAAUAGCUUCCUCUUUUUCUAUUCUCUCUGUUCUUUUGAUUUAUUACAUAUUUAAAAAAAAACCCUUGCAACGUUUUGUGUUAGGCUAACUGAUAUCAUUGGUCAUAUAUAUUUAUCAAAUUAAAAACAACCAUUGACAGCCUCUGUGACAUUAUCACAGAGCAUAAUAUACUCUUCAAUUUAAUGUCUACUCUAAAACAGAGAAACAGUAAUUUACUUUGAAAAACUUUGACCCACAGAAGUUAUAAAAAUAUAACUUUAUUAGAUCAUUUGAUCCAUGACAUACCCACGGAAAGCAUUCACAGAUGCUAGCAUUAGCUUUGUGCGUAAACACCUUGAGGGAUAUUUUAAAAUUAAAUUUUACAAAAAAAAAAAAAAAAAAGCAAGAAAAAUAUUUUAACACAGAAUCCACACAAUUAUCAAAUAUAUU